UAUUACAGUGUCGUUUCCAUUCCGUUGGGUUGUUCAUAAAAAGCCCUGUAUCCCUUAAAAUGGGCUGUUCAUAUUAACUUAUAUUACUAUUUAGAGAGUGACAAUCUGAGAUAAUUUGCAGUUGGUCUUCAUUUUUCCUACUUGUGAGUUAUUGAGUUAUUUAGAUCUUUGUUCAGCCACUCUUCAGUUUCGGAUUUCAGUAGCUAUCUGAACUACCCUAGCAACCAGGUGGUUUGAAUGUGAGACUGGGAUAUGGAUAGGAGAAGGCCUGGUAGAAAGCUGAAGACCAAUUGAAAUGUUGCUAAGAACUGGCUAUUCUAUAACAUACUAAAAGAUAAGUAAAGGUGAUGAGCUGAUAUCUCAUUGGAGACUCCACUUCUGUAUUUAAUUAGUCUGAGCCAAAGGGACAUUUAACCGACCAAUGCUCUGAGGUCUCCAACACCCCCUGACCCUCUAUCAUCCUCAUCAUCAUCAUCAUCACGUUUAUCAUAGCAUUCCUUUUAACACAGCCCAACCCUUUCCUUAGCAUUGCCCUGUGUGUAACUCACAGCUGCACACAAAAUACUCUGCGUAUGAUGUUACUGAUGUUUCUUCUUCCACAGGCUCUUCUGCAAGUGGCCAAAAACCUCUUCACGCACUUGGACGAUGUGUCCGUCCUUCUCCAGGAAAUCAUCACAGAGGCCAGAAAUCUCAGCAAUGCAGAAAUAUGCUCAGUGUUCCUGUUGGAGCGGCAGAGUCACGAGCUCGUAGCCAAAGUGUUUGACGGAGGGGUCGUCGAUGACGAGAGCUACGAGAUAAGAAUUCCAGCAGACCAGGGUAUAGCCGGCCAUGUGGCCACCACAGGCCAGAUCCUGAACAUUAAGGAUGCCUAUUCACAUCCGCUCUUCUACCGGGUGGACGACAGCACAGGAUUCAGGACUCGCAAUAUCUUGUGCUUCCCUAAAAAUGAAAGUAACGAGGUCAUUGGUGUGGCAGAACUGGUCAAUAAAAUUAAUGGCCCUGGCUUCACUAAGUUUGAUGAGGACUUGGCUACAGCUUUCUCCAUCUAUUGUGGAAUCAGCAUUGCUCAUUCGCUGUUGUACAAGCAGGUCCGGGAGGCUCAGUUCCGAAGUCACUUGGCGAAUGAAAUGAUGAUGUAUCACAUGAAGGUGUGUGAAGAUGAAACCAAGAAGCUGCAGAGCAAUGGCAUCAUUCCAGUGUCUCAGAUUGACCCCGACUUUGCCAGUUUUACCUACACCCCCCGAUCCCUCCCUGAAGAUGAUACCAUAAUGUGUGUCAUAAGUAUGUUUGAAGACAUGGGCUUUGUCAACAACUACAAGAUUGAUCGCACAACCCUUGUUAGGUUUUGCCUCAUGGUGAAGAAAGGAUACAGAGACCCCCCGUACCAUAACUGGAUGCAUGCCUUCUCUGUCUCACACUUCUGUUUCCUCCUCCACAAGAACCUGGAGCUUGGGAAUUACCUGGAGUACAUUGAAAUCUUUGCAUUGUUUGUCUCCUGUUUGUGUCAUGAUUUGGAUCACAGAGGAACCAACAAUUCCUUCCAAGUGGCCUCUAAAUCAGUAUUGGCAGGUUUAUACAGCUCCGAAGGGUCUGUCAUGGAGAGACAUCAUUUUGCUCAGGCGAUCGCCAUCCUGAAUUCCCACGGCUGUAACAUCCUAGAACAGUUCUCCAGAAAGGUGAAUGGGUUUGAUCCCCACAAUAAACAUCACCACUAUCUCCUGAUCUGCCUCCUAAUGACCUCCAGUGACCUCUCCGAACAAACCAAAGGCUGGAAGACCACCAGGAAGAUAGCGGAACUGAUCUACAAGGAAUUCUUCUCUCAGGGAGACCUGGAGAAAGCAAUGGGAAACAGACCGGUUGAGAUGAUGGACAGAGAGAAGGCUUACAUCCCUGAACUCCAGAUCAGCUUCAUGGAGCACAUUGCCAUGCCCAUAUACAAGUUGCUCAAGGAUCUCUUCCCGCAAUCUGCCGAGUUGUACGAGAGGGUCGCGGCCAACAGAGAAAAGUGGACACGCGUCUCUCACAAAUUUACCAUUAGAGGGUUGCCCAGCAACAACUCCCUGGACUUCUUGGAUGAGGAAUAUGACAUACAGGAGGGUUUGCAAGAUGAACUGAAGAUGAACGGUUGUGUGGAGUCGAAGGAAUCUGUUGUGGGCGACUAAUGGGUGGGACAGUGAGACCAUUUCACCCUCAUUUUCUUAUACAACUCUUUAUAGCCUCAGUGUGAAGAGCGGCCGAGUGUUCAGGUCAUGAGGUGAUCUUGCCUCCUGUGUGCAGCGCAAAGCUUGUGUGUUACGCAAAACCACAAUGGCAUCUGGCCAAUCAGAACGAUCCAGACUGAAGAAACUCUUCUUGCCUCAAAAAAAAAAAGAAUGUUUCACGCACAGAACGUUCAGGAAAGGGACAUUCUAAUAGGUUCAGACUUUUUGUGGGUUCUGUUAACUAUGAUGGGAUUGGCUGUCCACGAGGGACCUUGGCGAGUUGCCAGUUUGGGGAAGCAUUAAUGGUUUUUGCUACUACCCCACCCAACACAAUCAUCUACCUUCUCUAUUGUAAUUUGUGGCAUGAAACACGGCUAAUUCCGAGGAAUUGGAACUAUCCCCAUUAACAGACUGUAUAUGUGCUGCUGAGAUACUGUGCUGGAGCAGAUUCCAUGGACAAUCAUAGGGUACCUUCAGUUCAUGGGACGGUUGUAUAUAGUGAUGAGUGAAUCUGUCCCAUUUCCCCUGAAAAAUUUGUGAAAGUCUGGAAAAAUUAGAAAAACGCAUUGAAGUCAACAGGCGUCGAUAUAAUUUUGACAGCGGCAAUUUUUAUGUGCGCGACAAUUUUUAUACAACUUUUUGGUCACAUCGACUUUUUUCACCGGCAUCGACUAUAUCCCUCUUUAACCCUGUACUAUCCUUAUCUACUAUAUCCCUCUUUAACCCUUCAUUAUCAUUAUCUACUUUAUCCUUCUUUAACCCUGUACUAUCCUUAUCUACUAUAUCCUUCUUUAACCCUUCAUUAUCAUUAUCUACUUUAUCCUUCUUUAACCCUGUACUAUCCU